UGCUUAUGGUUCGUUGCACUUGGCAGUMUAAACAAAAGAACGAUUAACAUAAAUUAUACUCAUUUCCGACUCUAAACGCUAAAAAAAUAAUUCUAGUCUACUAAGCUUUGGAAGACUAGUGCCCAAAGCAAUAUGUUUGCGCUAAAAAGAAGUGCAAGGUUCUAUUGCCAUCCGUUAYUUCGUUUAUUGUUACUACCAUGGCGACAUCUACGAUUAACAGUGGCUUUUAUGGUCGUCAUAAUCCUACCGUUGCUUUACUUUGUAAACCUGGACGAACUAUAUGUGGAUUUAGGAGGCGAGAUCAGCGAUGAUUAUUUAGAUCAUAUAUCCAAGACUGCAGCUUGUAAAUUGCCAAAUAUAAAUCCAUUUCACGAUAGUGUACGACCAUUUAUGAAGAACUUACCGCCGCUUGAAUGCGGAGUCGCUUCGGCAACGUUUGAAAAUAACGUGCUUCGUUUUGAAAGUUUGGAUGUUGUUUCGGUGCAUUAUAGAACAAUUACUAGACCUAAUGGAAAUGAUAAUCAAGUCAAUGUGUCGGAGCCUAUCGUAUUUCCGAACUUGCUGAGCAACAACAUGGAAACAGGUGCUGCGGUUAAGAGCCCUAUCGAACCAGGUGGAUAUGGUUGUAUAAAACACAAGUUGUCAGAAAAAUGCCUUCAUCCCUACGGCGGUGUAGGUUUGGCUAGCGGUCUACAGCCAGUGGUCUUUCACGAAAAUUGCCAGGGCAAAAAUGCUUACUUUAAGAUGGAAAGAAAUGGAGCAAUUCGGCAURUUCUGAGUGGACGAUGUUUGCGUCUUAUAAAACCAGGCUCUACAGGAACKUCUUUAACUCUCCAUCAAAAAUGUGAUCUGAAGUUUGAGCUAGUGAAUAACUACUUGAGGAAAAAAGGCAGCAGCCUUUGUGUACAGCCUAACAGUAGACGGGAUGAUCCAGCCAACAACGAAGAAAUCGUCCUCGAUGGGGACUGUGAUAGUAAAAGACAUGAAUUUUACUUUGUUUUCGUUGAUGGAGUGCCAUUCAAAGGUGAAGUCCGCAUCAAUACAGAUUUUAUCAGACUUGAUGUUAUAGGCGGUGGRAUGUCCGAUGACUUCRUUGAGUUCCACAUGCAGACAUCCCACAAACCAGAAGUAGCGAGUAGACGAGUAACAGGUGCAGGCAUCCCAGUCAACAUUAUCAUGAUUUUAUUCGACUCGACAUCAGCAGCCAACUUUAUCCGCAAAAUGCCAAACACAUACGAGUACUUGAAUAAAACUCUGAACACUGUCUUUCUGAAAGGCCAGACAGUUGUGGGAGACGGUACCACUGCCCAGCUCUCAGCAAUGUUAACCGGAAUACCAGAAAGAAAUCAGCCCGAAAGUAGAAAAACGUAUAAACAUGCUAAAACCGUCGACAAUUGGCGAUGGAUCUUUAAAGAAUACGAAGCUCUUGGAUACGUUACMUUGUAUUCCGAAGAUGCUCCGACAGUAGGCGCGUUUAAUUAUCGAUUGAAAGGAUUUCGCGWUCCUCCUACKGACCAUUACGGACGGUACUUUUGGUUAGAGGCAGAAAAUCAUAUACGAAAUGAACUUUGCACGGGUAACCAGGGAAUGCACAAUAUUACAUUCAAUUACCUUCUCAGCUUGUUUAGAACUUAUAAGAAAAACCCUAAAUUUGCGUUUAUAAACUUCUCGACUCUCGUACACAGGGAGCCCAAUGCUAUCGGACACGACGAUAAUGAUCUUUUGCGUGUAAUACAGACAAUGGAGAACGAGUYACAUUUAGAGAACUCUUUUCUAUUUAUUUUUGGAGAUCAUGGGUAUAGAUUCGGUGGGUUUCGAAAACAAACUUUACAAGGAAAACUCGAAGAAAGACUUCCACAUUUUUCGAUUACUGUACCUGAUUGGUUCGCCAAAAGGUACAGCCGAYUAUAUAACAAUUUGAAGUUCAAUUCGCGAAUUUUAACAUCUCCCUUUGACAUUUAUGCAACUUUGAAACACAUUUUAUCGUAUCCUUGGUAUCCGAAGGAUGUUGCGCCGGGCCAUAGUCUACUCAAGCGGCUGGAUCCUCUUGAACGUGUCUGUCAGACCGCUGCUGUGAGAGACCAYUGGUGUCCUUGCUUAACAAUGGAAGAUAUCUCAACUCGCGAACCAAUCGUUAAAGAGCUUGCAGUAUUCGCGGUAUCGUCAAUUAACCGCCAAAUCAGUGAAACAAAAGUCGCGCUUUGUAGGCCACUCGUCUUGAAGCGAAUAAACAAAGCAUCRCGGGAAAUGCCUGGAAGUAAAGUSCAAACUUUCAAGUCYUCGUAUAAAAACCAAGAAUGUGACUCGUGCGGUGCUCGACAUGCCCUCAAAGCUAAAAAUACUUUGAUUAAAGACACUCUCUAUCAGAUUGAGUUUACUACAUCGCCAAAUAGUGCCAUAUAUGAGGCUAGCAUUAAAGUAGUGRACGGACAUGCGUCUAUAGAUGGAGAGAUAAGCCGACUCGACUCCAUCAAAUCACAGGCGAAUUGUAUUAAAGACACUUAUGUUCAUUUGAUCAAGUACUGUCAGUGUAUAUUGUCACAAAAUGACGAGUCGUCAUGACAGGAAUAAUCUCGAGAAUCUGAGAAUUUUUAAUGCUAAAGAUAAGUAUACAUAAAACAUUAUACGAGCUGCUAUGAUAUUCAGUGAUCAAUAAAGUGUAUCUAUUUAGCUAAAAUUGUUUAUAAUAUUGCUGGUUUAUUUUAGGGUGUAGGCACUGCAUUAGCGGAAGCGGAACAUUCUGGCUAAAAUAUAAAAAAUCGAUGCUGAAGCCACACGAUACU